AUAGCACUGCCCCAUAGCCUGUACCCAUUGAUUUAACCCUCUAGUAGUUCCAGUAACUAACUUAGGCAGCCGUCGUUUCCGUCAGGGGGAUCUACGAUUAGUUAGGAGAGCAACGGCUACAUCGGCACUCACUCCAUUCGCCUGCCCCAUUCACUCCAUCGUGGGAUAGAGAUUAUCAAUUGCAUGUGAGGGGCUUGCUCUUUCCCCCUCCUCACCCCUCUCACGAUGGGGAUUUCUCUUGCUAAUCUUUUAUCUAUCUUGGUAUGUGUUCCUGAUUAUCAGUCCCCCACGCCGAUUGACUCUAUAUUGGACGCUGCAAGGAGAGAGAUUACGGUGUAUAUCAGGUUUUGGUUGGGGUCUCAGGGCUUUUCUUUGGCUUCGAGGGGUCCCAUGCUUGUCUUGUCUUGCUUUGGAGGAAUUGUUGUGCUAUGGUUUUUUUAUGAGGGUUUUGUGCUCUUAGGGGCUGGUUUAAGCCUGUUGUGUGUUUUGAUAUAGUGUGCUGGGUGACAAUUGUCGUAGGCCGAGGGCUGUACUUCAUUAUCAGGACUCCGGAGUAGGUCGUCCAUAGUCAUCUGCAAGUAUUAGAAGAGUAGACGAUAGUUAAAUGGAUAUAGUUCAAAUGCAGGGGAAACCAGUGCC